GCCGGGAAAUGACAUGGGUUGUGCUCUCGCGAGUCUUACGGCGGCCAUUUCUCCAUUGAUUGCGUCUGCUGCUGGCAGGGUCUUCGCUCAGCAUGUUCCCCGUUUGACGCCACCCGCCGACCGUAGAAUGGUUCCCGGAGAGGACGGUCAGCCCGUCCCCCGAGAGGGGUUGUUUUGGAGUUGCAGACAGAGCAUCUUUAAUGAGAUGAAGAAGAAAUUCUCGCAGAUCGAGAAUGCUGCUGACGAGCCACGAGUUCUGUGCAUAGUACAAGAUACCACUAACUGCAAGACCAUCAAUGAACGCAUCACUUUGAACCUCCCAGCCUCCACCUCUGUGCGCCAGCUCUUCCAGGAUGUGGCUGGCAAAGUGGGCUACGUGAGCGCGACCUUCAGCUUGAAGUGGGGAAAUGCAGCCGGCACGGGAGACAUGACUGAGCUGGAUCCCAGCCCGGAUCAGUCUUUACUGGAUGCCGGCUUUGAGGCGGGCAAGAAGAAUUUCCUCCAUGUAACGGAUAAGAACGGGGAGCAGCCGCAGCUAACAUCGGAUGAAUCGGGCACAGCGGACAGCAGCGGUGUUGAUGACAGCGCACAGGAGAAGUUCAUCGGACCUCUUCCCAGGGACGGCUCUGUGGGCUGCACGAGCGACUAUGUCAGUCAGAACUACUCCUAUUCAUCACUGCUCAACAAAUCAGACACUGGUUACGUGGGCUUAGUAAACCAGGCCAUGACCUGUUACCUGAACAGCCUGUUGCAGACACUGUAUAUGACCCCGGAAUUCCGCAAUGCACUCUACAAGUGGGAGUUUGAAGAUCCAGAAGAGGACCCUGUAAACAGCAUCCCCUACCAGCUGCAGAGGCUUUUCGUCCUAUUACAGACCAGUAAAAAAAGGGCGAUAGAAACAACAGACGUGACGCGGAGUUUCGGCUGGGACAGCAGUGAAGCCUGGCAGCAGCAUGAUGUGCAGGAGCUCUGUAGGGUCAUGUUUGAUGCUCUGGAGCAGAAGUGGAAGCAGACGGAGCAGGCUGACCUCAUCAAUCAGCUGUAUCAGGGCAAGCUGAAGGAUUAUGUCCGAUGCUUGGAGUGCAGUUACGAGAGCUGGCGGAUUGACACGUUUUUGGACAUCCCUCUUGUCAUCAGGCCGUAUGGCUCCAGCACAGCGUUUGGAAGUGUGGAAGAAGCUCUCCAUGCAUUCAUCCAGCCGGAGACUCUUGACGGUCCCAACCAGUACUUCUGUGAGCGCUGUAAGAAGAAGUGCGAUGCCAGGAAGGGCCUGCGCUUCCUGCACUUCCCAUAUCUGCUAACACUGCAGCUGAAGAGGUUUGACUUUGAUUACACCAGCAUGCACCGAAUCAAGCUGAACGAUCGGAUGACCUUCCCCGAGGAGCUGGACAUGAGCCCUUUCAUUGAUGUUGAAGACGAGAAGUCUCCUCAGACUGAGAGCUGCACGGACAGCGGUGCCGAGAACGAAGGAAGCUGUCACAGUGACCAGAUGAGCAAUGACUUCUGCACGGAUGAUGCCCUGGACGAGGGAAUUUGUCUAGAGAGUAACAACAGUGUGGAAAAGCUGAACAAGUCCUCGGAGAAGAACUGCGUGUAUGAACUUUUUUCCGUGAUGGUACAUUCAGGCAGUGCGGCGGGUGGGCACUACUACGCCUGCAUCAGGUCCUUCUCCGACGACCAGUGGUAUAGUUUCAACGACCAGCAUGUCUGCCGAAUAACUCAAGAGGACAUUAAGAAAACCUAUGGAGGGUCUACAGGAAGCCGAGGAUACUACUCCAGUGCCUUCGCCAGUUCUACCAACGCGUACAUGCUCAUGUAUCGGCUGAAGAAUCCUACCAAAAAUGCAAAAUUCUUGGAGGUGAGCGAAUUCCCGGAGCACAUCAAGCGUUUGAUGCAGAGAGAAAAGGAGCAGGAAGAGGAGGAGAAGCGCCAGCGAGAGAUCGAGCGCAAUACUUGUAAACUGAAGCUCUUCUGCAUGCAUCCUGUCAAACAGAUCCGGAUGGAGAACAAGCUGGAGGUUCACAAGGAUAAGACCUUGAAAGAGGCCGUGGAGAUUGCAUGGAAGAUCAUGGACUUGGAAGGGGUCGUCCCUCUGGAUUGCUGUCGGCUAGUGAAAUACGAUGAAUUCCACGAUUACCUGGAACGAUCGUAUGAAGACGAAGAAGAUCGGCCGAUGGGUCUGCUGCUGGGUGGGGUCAAGUCCUCCUACAUGUUCGAUCUGCUACUGGAAACUAAACGGCCAGACCAGGUGUUCCAGUCCUACAAACCUGGCGAGGUGAUGGUGAAGGUGUACGUGGUGGAUCUGAAGGUAGAGGCGGUCGCCCCACCAGUCAGCGUCCGCGCUUAUCUAAGCCAGACAAUCCAGGAGUUCAAGCAGCUCAUCUCCAAGACCAUAGACUUGCCACCGGAUCCGAUGCGCAUUGUUCUGGAACGCUGCUACAAUGACCUACGACUGCUCAGCGUGCCCAAUAAAACGCUCAAGGCGGAAGGAUUCUUCCGAAGCAAUAAGGUGUUUGUCGAGAGCUCGGACUCCACGGACCACCAGCUGCCAUUUCCGGAGUCUCGCCUGUGGAAGCUCCUCGACCGUCACGCUAACACAAUUAGACUGUACGUGUCCCUCCCGGAGCAUGUCCCCGUGGCCCAGCGCUCCUCCAGCGCAAAGUCUUGCAGAGACUGGGAAAACCAGGCGGCGUUCUGCGAGAGGGGGAAAGGCGGCGGGAAAUCCGUGGACGCUAUUUUGGAGGAAAGCACUGAAAAACUCAAGUCUCUGUCCCUCCAGCAGCAGGAGGAAGGGGGCAACGGGGACAGCAGUAAAAGUACAGAGGGCAGCGACUUUGAAAACAUUGACUCUCCGCUGAACGAGGCGGAUUCCUCAGGGUCGGCCGACAACCGAGAACUGGAGAACCGGAUUCUCCCCGCCGACUCUGAGAACAACUUCCAGUCGGAAGAGCGAUCGGACUCUGAUAUUAAUAACGACCGGAGUACUAGUUCUGUGGACAGCGAUAUCCUUAGCUCAAGCCAUAGCAGCGACACCCUGUGCAACGCGGACAAUGCCCCCAUACCACUAGCCAACGGGCUCGACUCCCACAGCAUCACCAGCAGCCGCAGAUCCAAAGCCAACGAAGGCAAAAAGGAGACGUGGGAUACGGCCGAGGAGGAUUCCGGGACGGACAGCGAGUACGACGAGAGCGGGAAGCGCCGAGGGGAGGCCCAGUUUGUGUAUUUCAAAGCAGAAAUGCAUUCUGGGGAGGAAGGAUCUGGGGAAGGACAAAAAUGUUUAUUGGUGAAUGUAGAUAAAAGAAUCACCCUCUCUGCUUUCAAACAGCAGCUGGAGCCUUUUGUGGGGGUCCCCUCCUCCCAGUUUAAAGUCUUCCGGGUUUAUGCCAGCAAUCAGGAGUUUGAAAGCGUGCGGCUGAACGAGACGCUGUCCUCCUUCUCCGACGACAACAAGAUCACCAUCCGGCUGGGAAGGGCCCUGAAGAAGGGAGAAUACAGAGUGAAAGUGUUCCAGCUCCUAAUAAUAAACGACCCCGAGCCGUGUAAGUUCCUGCUGGACGCCGUCUUCGCCAAAGGAAUGAGUGUGCGACAGUCCAAGGAAGAGCUGAUUCCUCAACUCAGGGAGCAGUGUGGCCUGGACCUCUCCGUGGACAGGUUCCGCUUAAGAAAAAAGACUUGGAAGAACCCCGGCACAGUAUUCCUCGAUUACCACGUCUACGAGAACGAGAUCAGUAUUUCAAGCAACUGGGAGGUCUUCCUCGAGGUCCUAGAAGAAGGGGAGAAGAUGAAGUCCAUGUCCCAGCUGUCCUUGCUGACUAAGAGGUGGAGGCCAUCGCAGCUGAAACUGGAACCUUUCCAGGAGAUCGUGCUGGAGACCAACAGUGUGGAUGAACUUCGGGAGAAGAUGUGUGAGAUCAGCAGCAUACUGAUGGAGAAUUUAGAGUUUGCCAAGGGUCGAGGGACAUUCCCCUGUGACAUCUCUGUCCUGGAGAUCCAUCAAGAUUUAGACUGGAACCCAAAAGUAUCAACACUGAACGCCUGGCCGCUGUAUAUCUCAGAUGAUGGGGCAGUCAUAUUCUACAGGGAUAAAACGGAGGAACUGGUGGAAUUGACGGACGAGCAGCGCAACGAACUGAUGAAAAAGGAAAGCAGUCGGUUGCAAAAAACUGGACACCGUGUGACUUACUCCCCCCGCAAGGAAAAAGCCCUGAAAAUCUACCUGGACGGAGCUUCGAGUAAAGACGCCACUCAAGACUGACAGGCGGCCCCCGGCGUCCAUCUUGGAGAGCCGUGAUUACACAGACACUGCCGCCCAGGAGUGCCUCUCUUAUUUAAAGUCGGGCGCAUCGAAUUUUAUGGGCUUCAUCUUGCUCAGGUAGGAUGCAGGGCCCCCCUGCGUUUUUGGCUUCUGGCUCUUCAGAAAA